ACCACGAACGUGCAAUUUGCAUGUCGAAGUAUUUGGCUGCAUUGCUGGAAAUUUUCUCGAUCUCUUCACCCGACUUUCGCUACGAAUUUUGGAUCGCUGACUGCAGUCAACAAGACCACAAUGUGAAGGUUUUAUUCGUACAAAAUUCGCAUUAUUUUGUCGCAAUUGUGUCACAGUAUUCCCAACGUUUGCUACAAAUGUUGCAGUAUUAAACUUCGGGGAUAUAAGAUCAUCUGAUCAUCAUUUGAAAAUCAUUUAAACAUGGAGCUCUCAGGACUGAAUAAAGCUCUACACUCAUUGCACUGCAAGAAAAUCUCUGUGGAGAAUCAAGCCAUUACUCAGCAGGAAAUAGUCUUGAAUGUCAAUAUUAUUCUUGCCAAGAUGCAAGAAUGCGACCAGGAAAAAGCCAUAGUGUUUAAACCGGUGACAGAUAUAUUUUUACAAGGAGUAACCUCACAACAUUAUGAAGUUUCGGCCGUUCUUAAAAGUUUGGAGAGGAUGGUCGAAGUGGUUGAUUCAGUUGAAGAGGGAUUUUCCCAUCUGGAGUUAGCCAAUCAAAGCUUACCAUAUGACUGGGCUGUCCCAUGGUACAACUGCUUGAACAAUGAAGGCUUCCUUGAACAACCUGCGAUACAUCGGUGGAUAAAAAAACUGGGGUAUGAAGCGAUAACCGAGCUCCAUUCUCACCAUAUCCUGGACUGUGUUCGUGUCUGCGAAGAGGACUUGAAGAGCAGCAAAUUUCGAUUUCAAAUGAAAUCCAAAUUAAAUGGAAUUAUUGUUGUGUAUAUUAUACCAGCUGUUGAGAUAGAAAUCCGGCCUCGCUGCCUUAGAACUGAUGUUCCCUUUAAUGUGCAGAAUAUCCUACUGACUGCAAAUGGGUCGUGGGGACCUGGGUCUGAGGACCCUCGUCAAACCCUUUGGCAAGUGUCAUUGUUGAUGAUCGAGAAUGAGGCGUUUGUUCAUAUGGACGCCGCUGGUGGGACUCGUUUGCUUGUUCGAAGGCUCCUUCAUCUACUGUGCGAGAAAUACAUACACUAUCCAGUCACCCAUAAACUUGUAGAUGUUUUACUUCUGUGGAACUUGCGUGCGCAUGCGUCCGAAGGGGACUGGGUGCUGGACAAGUUGGCAGCACGGGUUCUGGAGAUUUUAGAGAACCUGAGGCGAGCAUUGCGUAAUCAUCGUAUCCGUAAUUACUUUAUGCCAGAAUGUAAUAUGCUGGCUCAACACAAUGGACUAAAGUUGGAUAAAACGGCAGAACGGGUGCAGUGUUUGAUGCAAAAGUUGAAAGAUAAUCCUUAUGGGUUACAGCUCUUUGCUUAGUGAUAAUCAUAAUGGUUUUUGUGUAUAUGAAUGAUUUAUUGUGUUAUUAGCAAGUGAUGCCUGUCAAAAAAUUGUUAGAAUCCACAGUUAUACUAUAACUGAAUCUCUAUUUUUUCAAAUUUGAACUUUACAUUAAGUUCAACACAACAAGCCAGUAGAUUAUCCUAGAAUAAGCAAAACUGCAAAGUUUGAUUGGGAGCCCUGAAAAUUCUCAAAUUUGUAAUAUAUUUUAAUUUUAUUUACACCUGAAAAAGGUCAUUUUCAGAUGGUUUCCCGCCUUUCUAAUUUAAGUAUUCCUAAUUCCAUAGCUGGAGUAAUCACUCAUUGUAGUGUAAGAUCAAUCAGUAGCAUGAGAAACUCUUAAACUUGGUUUCCAAGUAUUCGUUUUGUAGUUUGGUAGUUAAGUGGAAAAGUUCAUGUCAAAAAUGGCUAUUUUUGUUGAAUUGAGACGUUGAGCAAUGUUAAAUAAAUUAAGCUAUUAUUGCUUGUUUGCAUGUUGCACAUUGCAUGUUUGUGAUUGUAAAAGGUGUAUGACUGGAUAAUUAUGUACAUCACUAAAUAUCUGAGAUAUAAAAUAGAUCAUUUGAUCAAUAUGCAUAUUUCUGUGUCUCCUCAUACUGAAAGCGCAUAGUGAAAGAGUCAGAGAUUACAGCUGUACAUCUUACCGACUGCGAAACUAAUAAGAGGAAAUACACUAAAAUAACAUGAAGUCUUAGAAUAAAGAAAUAACAUCUUUUCAUAUGCCUGUUAACC